CAAUGCAGAGACGCCUACAAGCGUUUCCUGGAUACAGAGAGGCAUUGCAGCUGGAAAUGGCAGAACUUUUAGUCUGGUGGCAUAACGAUAACGAAGGACAGGGUGGACGACUAGGAGGACAGCAUCAAGGUAAAGAGCCUGAAUUUCCGCUAUUAACAUGGGAAAUUGGGAGAGAAUUCGCGCGAAUCCUUAGACAUUAUUU